CCCCCCCAAAAAAAAAUCCUAAAAUGUUUUUUCUACUUGCUAUGGGAAUAGCGACUGUUUUAACCUUUUUCCUGAGGAAUCAAAUGUUUCUUAUUCCACAACGGUACCAUUCAACUUACCCCUCCAGUCUGUCAGAUCCAUUCAGUUGUAGCUACCUGACCAAGUGUGUGGGAUAGCAGAUGGAUGGGGAACAGGUAUAUUUAGACGGUUUGUCCUUCCCAAACUCAAAUGGGGAACAUGAAUUGUUUUGUUUGUAUGUAUUCUGAAAAAUGUUUUAAUGUAUUUAUUUUUAAUGGCACUUGGGCAGUGGCCUGCGUUGUCUCAUAGUAGAGGUUUUUUUUUGCUGCUGGCCAAUGAGAAUGGGAAAAGAAGGUGGUAAGCUGGUGCCCCAAAGCUCUGCCCCUCUCCAGGUCCUAGUCUGAAACCGCCUUUGCUUUGAGAAAGCAAAGUAGUGUGUGUUUUCUUUCCUCCACUUUCUGGAGAGUAGCCUUAGCAACUUACCCUUUGGGAUGAGGACAAAUGGACCUUGAGAUUCAGUUGUGCUUGGCUGUUUCCUGCCCUGCACUAAUAAAGUGAGGAAGGGCAGCUUUAAGGUGCAUCUUCUUGUAGGCACUUCUCUCUUCCUAAUUUGCUACCCUUCCAGUGGAUGGCUCUUUGUCUCUCCCAGGCUCUUGCAGAAGAGUGACUUCAGACUAGCCCAGAAGGAGAGAUUAGAGACAACCUAAAUUGAUAAUGCAAAAAAUAAAAUAAAAUAAACCCAAGCAAUGAAAAUUCAUAGGCAAUAAGCCACUUCUGGGAAGGAGCCAGAGCUCACUGCAGUGCAAUGGGGUAUUAGUGUGACUCGGCCGAUAUUUUUGGUUGUCUGGUGUAGCUCUCUUUGGUGGGAGGGGGGUGGUUACCUCUGUCUGCCAUCACUGCCUGGCUGCAGAAUACUAUGUCUGUGAGCACUGCCUGCUGCAGGUAGCGGGGGGCAAGGGGCUGCCAAUAUUCUUUUAUGCACUUAUUCUGUUGAUUUUGUUUAUAAAUAAAAGAGUGGGGGGAAAUAGGAUAGGUGGAGCUGUGCUGUGAUUCUGCGCUGAUUGAUUACAUGAACAACUUAAGACACUACAAAAGAGUUUUUGUGAGAUAUGGGGGUAGGGAUUCAUCCACCCUAAAUCAGUACUGGGUCUCUAGGCUUAUCAAGAAAAACUGGGAGAAUCAUCAUUCCAUCCCCACACCCUUAACAAGAGAGUCUGAGAUGGAGGCAGUAGAGACCACUACCGAGUUUUCCACUUACAGCCCUGUUUUUCUCACUCCCUACAAGAGAAUCUUCCAUUUACACGUUAAGUGCAUUUAAAUGUGAUCUAGCACAACCGAAAUGCAUACACAGGUAAGGGUUAGGGUAACUCGUUCCUUUUGUAUGUAUGGUAGGCAGUUCUCCAGCCAUGCAAAACUCGAAAGGAGUUUUCUGCACAUGCAUUGUUCAAUUUUCAAUCCAGGUAAAACAAAAAGCAUUUAUAUCACUAUUCAGUGACACAUUCCAGCUGGGCAAAAGCACUCAAGGAGGCCAUGGAACAUGAAAAGAUGAGUGCCAAGGACCAGUGGGAACAGACUGACUGGAGUGCUGCAUUUAACCCCUAAGACUUGGGUUCCCUACCACUGACACACACACAUCCUCAGUUGCUGCAGUCCGGGUAUUUGCUCACUGCGAUUCUAAUGCUUUCCUGUUGCUGGUAUCUUGGAUCCUUGCUGUGGUAUUUAAGCUUCAAAUUGGAAGCAGUUUUGUCCAUCUUCCUUUAGGUGAGCAAGUACUGCUUGUCCAUAGGAAGCAUAGGCCUCCUUCAUUGUGGGAUCCAACUGAAUACAGGUUAGAACUGUAUGUGGCAAGGGCAUCUAUGACCUCACAAUUUAAGCUCUAUGAAAGAGACUCGGAGGGGACAGGCCAAAGAAGGGCCUACCUGGAAGCAGCAGGGCUUCUGAACAACAACAAAAACCAGCAUGAGCACCGCCUCCUUCCAUGGUAACUUGAUUUUUGAGGAUGCUGCAGAGGGUAGGGAAAUAGAAGUUAUCCUUGAGCAAAAAAUUAACUCUGGCAGAGGUUUAUAAAUGGAGAGAAUGUUCUGCCUCUCAUACAUUGCUAGAACUUAGUAUCCAAUCAGGCUAAUUUGCAAUCAGUAGGGAUAAUUCUCAACAUCAUUUAUAUAAGGCACUACUGAAAGAUAUAGUAAUGGCUUUUUCAAAAGGAUUAGCCAUUGAUUGACACAGACCUUGUCUCCAUGAAUAUUAGCCACUGUAGAUAAAUAAAACCUCUAGGUACAGAAGCAGCAUGCAGCCAGGGACCACAUGCUGAAGAUUAAUAAUGGCACCUGCUCUUGUGAGCUUCUAAGUGCAUCUUCUGGCCACUUUUGGAAUUGGAGUGCUGGGAUAUAUGAACCUUGGGUUGAACCCAGCAAGGCAAUUAUGUUCUUAAGUCUCAUCGACCUACUCUAUAUAAAAGAGAGGGUCAAGGAAAAGCAGCCGCCUACUGGCAGAUUGCAAUCCUUGCCUCCAGAUGACAUAAUGACUGCUAGAAAAAAAUUCAAGUUUCUUGGGGUUCCCCCCCCCCCCGUAUUUCUAUUUCUAUAGGCUUUGAAACCAUGCCAAGGCCUUUUCCGCCACAGUUCCUGUAGCUCCCUGUUUGUUCAUCAACCAUAGAAACGAGCCAGAAACUACUGACCAUACUUCAAUCAUGUGCUAAGUAAUAAGAGCAAGUUCAGCAUAGAAUUAGGAAGGCAGUCUGGCCUCCUGUACACCAGCCAGCUACACCCCAAUGAGGAAUAAGAGCAACUACCACCAAUCCUGCUUCUAGAAUUUUUCAGACCAUUUUUGAGGUCUGCAAAUGGAAGCAACAACCAUUCCAGAGAUCAUAGUAGAAUGUGCAUUACCAAUUGGCAAUGUUGACCAGGCCACAGAGCAGUCUUUGACAGAGGCAAAAGCUGAGGAGGUGGUAGAGGAAGAUGAAGAUUCUGGGCAGGCACAUCCCUAUGUUCUCUACAUUGGCAACUUGAACCCCAAGUAUUCCCGUGAAGUUCUCUGCAGCAUGCUCAAGGACAUCUUGGGCAUGGCUAGUGUCACCCUCCAGAGACACAACAUUGAAGUGGUAAAGAAACGCAGGCAAGCCUAUGCCUUUGUCCAGGUGGCCACAGACUCCAGCUUAGAGCAUGUCAUAAAGCAGCUGCUACUUGCCUCUGAGGCAGAGUCAGAGCUUACCAAGGAGCUUGUGAAGAAAGGGAAGAAUCUCGUCGUGGGACAUGGCAAGACGUUUGCAUUUCAUGCCAAAGGUAGCAGAGAGAGUGACUCUGUUGGCAGCAGCUCAGAAACUUUUCUGGGAGGGCAAGUGUGUGAGAGAAGCAGGAAGUUGAUUCUAAACGAAAACCAUCUCAACCGCAUCAGAAAGUUUCCUCAAUACUCCUGUAUGGCAGAAAGUUCGGAGGCCUUUCUGAGCGGCACCCGCUCAGACAGUGCCAUUGUCCAGAGAGAGAUUGUAGGGAGAGAGUGCCUAUUCUAUGGAGCUUCCAUGGGCAGCGAAACCCGGAACGUGGAAUUCAAACGUGGAAGUGGGGAAUAUCUGGCGGGUACCCUAAAACAUCAUGUGCGGAAGUAUAUGUGCGCAUUUCUCAACAGUGAAGGUGGCAGCCUUUUUGUGGGGGUUGAGGAUAGCGGCAUGGUACGUGGAGUCAGGUGUGACCACAAAGAUGAAGACAGGAUCCGGCUGCUCAUAGAUUCUAUUUUGAAAGGCUUCAAACCACAAGUUUUCCCAUCGGAAUACACACUGAGCUUCAUCCCAGUUAUUAAAGCCGAAGACACUGGCAUCUUCCUGAAAGUUAUUCGACUAAGUGUUCAUCCUCCAAAGCAGAACAAGCCGCUUCUUUAUGAAACAGACCAAGGGGAAGUAUACAUGCGGCGAGAAGGUAGUAUUCAGGGCCCCCUUACUGGAAGUGCCAUUCAAGAGUGGUGCCGGCAGAAAUGGACAGAUGAGAUCAAGAAGUUGGAGGUGAAAAUAGAGAGCUUGCUGAAGGAGAAGGAAGCCUUCCAGCAACAAAAUACCAGCAAUGCUACCUGCUGUUUUUUCAUGUGACAGCUAAACACCACCAAAGGAAAUGUAGCCCAAUAAAGAGCUUGACUCUAACAGGUUUCUUGUAUUUGUAGGUGAUUUGCAGGAAGAAUUCUGGAGCCAUGACUGGGUCAUUCCUAAAUUGGAUACCUUCUUCAAGGCUACUGGAGAGCAUUGUUCUCCUUUUGGCAUCUAGACAGCACAUUAACAUUUUAACUUUGAAUGGCACCACUGGAUUUUGCUUCCUAUGGAAAAAUGUCAUACAUGGUGGUAAAGCUAUGAGAAAGUGGGAGGGAAAAUUUGUGCAUCAGCAAUCUCUAUAGAUAAUUAGCCCUUGCUUUCCAAAGCAGCAUUUUUCUUCAGCUACUUAUGCAGGAAGUUGCUGACAUAACCCAUUAGGAAGGAGAAAUAGGUGUGAAGCAGACACCAUCUUACAGCAAGAUGGUGAAUGGGGGGGGGGGGG